UAUCAGCUCUACAACCCUACUCCUGAGGCAUUGAACACGAAGCUCAAAACCAACACGACAUCAUAAUGAUUUUCUCUUUCUCUCUAUACUUCGAUCUUACGAUCAUACUCGCUCUGGUCCUCCAGGCGAGAGCAGUGCCGCACCCGGUAGCUAAGCGCUCAAAUUCCGACCUCAGCUUGACGGCUCAACUUCGCCUUGCCGAUACGGCCAUUGAGCGCUACAAACUGCUCCCUAAUGACUCCGACUUUGUCUUCAACUUCACCGGCACAGAACAGAUCCCAGUAGCCACAAGCCAGAACUGGCCAGCACUCGUCGAUGUCGGCGCCGCUAUUAGCAUGUCACAACUUCCAGCAUGUAGCAUGAGCUUCCUCCACCUCCACCCCCGCGCCACUGAGCUAUUUGCUCUUAAUUCCGGCCAUAUUCUCUCCGAAAUGGUCCCUGAAGCUGGAGUUCUUGAUAGUAACAACAGCCAGCGGGUUAUCCGGACGGACCUGCGCCCCGGUCAAGUGACCAUCUACCCGGCAGGUUCAUUCCACACGCAAGUGAACCCGGACUGCGAGCCAGCGAACUUCACCGCUGCGUUUACGUCUGAUGAAUUCGCUGUGAGCCUGGUGGCGGAGCAACUGUUCUCCCUCAGUGAUGGGGUCAUUGCACGGACCUUUGGGCAGAGUAUUACCGGGGAUGAUAUUGAGAAGAUCCGGAAAGCCAUCCCAUCAGAUAUGGCGAUUAAGGUGGAGGAGUGUUUGACGAAGUGCGGGAUGGCGAAGCGAGUGCACUUUCCGUGUGACAAAAUUUUCUACACCGACCUGAAUGUCCCAUCUAUCGAAGCCCUUUCCGUCUACCCUUCAGGAAAGAAGUCCGUCGGUGGACCAGUGAACCUAUGGGACGUUAUCGCGAACAUCAGCGUCAGCGUCACGAAUACCGGUGGUAGGGCUAGAGCUGAGAUUCCACAAUUGUACCUAUCAUAUCCCGUGAGUGCGAAGCAGCCUGUGCGCCAGCUUCGACGCUUUGAGCGGGUGGAGCUGGCUCGCAGGGAGAGGUCGACGGCGCAACAAUGGGCUGUUAAGGGGGGACGGUUACUAUUCGGACAGAGUGAUGCCUGGUCCUUGCUGUUGUGA